GCCACACCGAGGGCCACCGUUCUCACUACGGAGACACACACAGUCUACACCAGGACGCAUCUCUUUUAGGAAUUAAGCACUUUAUCAGACAGUGAAUUCAAAACAAUACGAACCGGAGGUUUGAAUCCAGGCGAGGAGCUAAAAGAGAACAAUCCUGCUGAAAUGUGACGGGAGGCGCAGGAGGAACGGUUUUAGAGUAACGCUCGGGGGGCUUUGUGGGUCUUCCAGGGAUGCCAUGAAAAUCACAGGAGCGGAGUAACUGAGCGAGAGAGACCGCUGCUCUGCGCUACAAUCACAGACGAGGCAGCGGCGGUGGUGGCCGAGAGAGAGAGAGAGAUGGAUCCAGCUGGAAACAUCCGCUUUUUUAGGUAGCGCUUACGAAGAUCCAGGGAGAGCAGACCCGUCUCUGUCGCGCCGUCUCUAGGAUGGAUUUCAGCCUGCUCCGGAACAUCAUCAGCAGAUACUGUGCAGGGGAGGAGAACUGGGUGGACAGUCGGACGGUGUAUAUCGGCCAUAAAGAGCCCCCUCCGGGAGCUGAGGCCUACAUCCCUCAGCGUUACCCCGACAACCGCAUCGUCUCUUCCAAGUACACCUUUUGGAGCUUCAUUCCUAAGAACUUGUUUGAGCAGUUCAGAAGAAUCGCUAACUUCUACUUCUUGGUCAUAUUUUUGGUCCAGCUUAUCAUCGACACCCCCACCAGCCCAGUCACCAGCGGCCUGCCCCUCUUCUUUGUUAUCACCGUCACCGCCAUAAAGCAGGGCUAUGAAGACUGGCUCAGACACAAAGCUGACUGCUCCAUAAACGAGUGUCCUGUGGAUGUGGUGCAGCAGGGGAAGGUGGUGAGGACGCAGAGUCACAAACUACGGGUAGGCGACAUUGUCAUGGUGAGAGAGGAUGAGACUUUCCCCUGUGACCUCAUCUUUCUCUCCUCCAGCCGAGACGAUGGCACCUGCUACGUCACCACCACCAGCCUCGACGGGGAGUCGAGUCACAAGACCUAUUACGCUGUACCAGAUACCAUGGCCUUUAAAACUGAGCAGGAGGUGGAUUCAUUACAUGCUACUAUUGAAUGUGAACAACCGCAGCCUGACCUCUACAAGUUUGUGGGACGCAUCAACGUUUACAAGGACAAAGAGGAGCCUGUGUCUAGAACACUGGGAGCUGAGAACUUACUUCUGAGAGGAGCCACGCUGAAGAAUACACAACAUAUUUUUGCUAUUGCAGUCUACACUGGCAUGGAGACCAAGAUGGCACUUAAUUACCAGUCUAAAUCUCAGAAGCGCUCUGCUGUUGAGAAGUCGAUGAACGCCUUCCUGAUUGUGUACUUGUGCAUCUUGAUCAGUAAAGCUGUGAUCAACACUGUCCUGAAGUACGCCUGGCAGUGGUCCCCUGAUCGGGACGAGCCCUGGUACAACCACAGGACUGAGAUCGAGCGCCAGCGCCAUGUGGUGAUCCGAGCCUUUACAGACUUCCUGGCCUUCAUGGUCUUGUUUAAUUACAUCAUUCCGGUGUCCAUGUAUGUCACCGUAGAGAUGCAGAAGUUUCUUGGCUCGUAUUUCAUUACCUGGGAUGAGGAGAUGUUUGAUGAAGAGCUGGGGCAGGGGGCCCAAGUGAACACCUCGGACCUGAACGAAGAGCUGGGACAGGUGGAGUAUGUGUUUACUGAUAAGACCGGCACUCUGACGGAGAACAACAUGGAGUUUAUCGAAUGCUGCGUGGAUGGCAAUGUCUACAUCCCACAUGCGAUCUGUAAUGGCCAAAUCCUCAGUGCUGCCUCUAGCAUUGACAUGAUCGACUCCUCACCUGGGGGAUACAGGAGAGAGUACGAGGAUCUGUUUUUCCGGGCACUGUGUCUCUGUCACACGGUGCAGGUGAAGGAGGAGGAGACGGUGGACGGUAUCAAACGGGGCAUCCAUCAGGGCAGGCCCACUUCCUUCUACAUUUCCUCGUCGCCAGAUGAAGUAGCUUUGGUGGAAGGAAUGAAAAGACUGGGCUACACCUAUCUGCGACUGAAGGACAACUACAUGGAGAUCCUCAACAAAGAUGACGAGAUCGAAAGGUUUGAGCUGCUCCAUGUGCUGAACUUCGACUCUGUCAGGAGGAGAAUGAGCGUCAUAGUAAAGUCCGUCUCAGGAGAGUACCUGCUGUUCUGUAAAGGGGCAGACUCAUCUAUUUUUCCUCGAGUAGUAUCCGGAAAGGUGGAGCAAGUUAAAGCCCACGUGGAGCAGAACGCUGUAGAGGGGCUGCGGACUCUGUGCGUCGCCUACCGAAAGCUGUCACAAUCCGAGUACCAGGAAGCGUGUCAUUACCUGACUGAAGCCAAGCUGUCCUUGCAGGACAGGGAGCAGAGGCUGGCCCAGGCCUAUGAUGUCAUCGAGAGAGAUUUUGUCCUCCUGGGUGCUACAGCGGUGGAGGACAGGCUGCAGGAGAAAGCUGCGGACACCAUCGAAUCGCUACACAAGGCCGGCAUCAAAGUCUGGGUCCUGACAGGAGACAAGAUGGAGACGGCCGCCGCCACGUGUUACGCCAGCAAGCUGUUCCGUCGCCGCACCCAGAUUCUGGAGCUUACCAAGAAACGCACCAAAGAGCAGAGCCUGCACGACGUUCUGUUCGAGCUGAAUAGGACGGUUCUUAGGCAACGCUCCAUAUCUGGGUUGUCGGUAGACUGCCUCGACUUUGGCCUAAUUAUCGACGGGGCAACUCUUUCUGCAGUUUUAAAACCCACCCAAGAGGUUUCUGGCCAUGGGAACUACAGAGAGAUCUUUCUUGAAAUAUGUCGCAACUGUAGCGCUGUUCUCUGCUGUCGCAUGGCACCGCUGCAGAAAGCCCAGAUUGUGAAGCUAAUUAAAUCUUCCAAGGAACACCCCAUUACCCUCGCCAUUGGCGAUGGAGCCAACGAUGUCAGCAUGAUCCUAGAAGCACAUGUUGGCAUUGGCAUCAUGGGUAAAGAAGGCCGACAGGCAGCCAGAAACAGUGACUACGCCAUCCCAAAAUUUAAACACCUGAAGAAGAUGCUGCUGGUCCACGGCCACUAUUACUACAUCCGAAUCGCAGAGCUUGUUCAGUACUUCUUCUACAAGAAUGUGUGCUUCAUCUUCCCCCAGUUCCUGUAUCAGUUCUUCUGCGGGUUCUCACAGCAGCCUCUGUACGACACAGCAUAUUUGACGCUGUACAACAUCAGCUUCACCUCCCUCCCGAUCCUCCUGUACAGCCUGGUCGAGCAGCACGUGACCAUUGACACACUGAAGAGGGAGCCCUCUUUGUACAGGGAUAUUGCGAAGAACUCCCUCCUCCGCUGGCCUGUCUUCCUGUACUGGACUUGUCUGGGUGUGUUUGACGCAGUCAUCUUCUUCUUUGGUGCCUACUUCCUGUUUGACAACACCACCUUCACCAGCAACGGCCAGCUUAUGACCACCAACACACAGAUGAUGUUCGGAAACUGGACGUUUGGGACUCUCAUCUUCACUGUUCUGGUUUUCACCGUAACACUCAAGCUUGCCUUGGACACACGUCACUGGACUUGGAUCAACCACUUUGUCAUCUGGGGCUCGCUGCUCUUCUACGUCAUUUUCUCUCUUCUCUGGGGCGGCAUCAUUUGGCCCUUCCUGAACUACCAGAGGAUGUACUACGUGUUUAUGCAGAUGUUGUCCAGCGGUCCGGCCUGGCUCAGCAUCAUCCUCCUUAUUAUCGUCAGCCUCCUGCCGGAUGUCAUCAAAAAGGUCCUCUGCAGGGCCGUUUGUCCCACAGCCACCGAGCGUGCACAGGUCCACGAGAAGCUACUGUCUGGUAGCGUGGCUGAGUUGACUCCACUGUCCUUUCGUCGAUCCCACAAAGGCAGGAAUACAGACUCCACCCUCCUCCACCUCGGUGCUGCAGAAACACUGUCCCUGCACAGCUCUAGUCCUCUUCCCCAGAAACUCCUGGCUCACCUGUCAGAGGGAGGAAGGUCCGACCUGUCCUCUCUUAGCCCCUACAUGCUCCGUCUCUCAGGGGCCGGGUUUGCCUACUACGCUCCCGGACCGGAGACCCCUGUGUGAAAUAAAAACAUCUGAAGAUGUGUCAUUAAGAUCUCCACUGCAAGGAUCAAGAAUUUAUGAAACACCCAUUAAAAGCAUGGACUCUCCAUCUUCAGUUCCUCAUGUGCAUUUUCUGGGGUCCACCUGAAUGGACAAACUUCUACAUAGUAGUGCCCUGACUCUUUAUCAUUUUUUGUCAAGCUCCUAAUCAGAACAGUUUGAGAACUAAAGGGGAACCUUGAGGAACAAUGCUUUUUUUGUUGUUUUUUUUAAACUCGGCCUCGUUUUUAUUGGCGUUAUUGCCUCUUCAUCCACUUUCUUGUCACUUUCUUUUUUUUCCUUUUUGUAAAUGUUUGUUAAAAACGCUGUUCAUGAAAACUCUAUGGUCUGGCCAAGUAAAGGGGUAGCAGUCUUGCUCAGCCCUUUAGGUACGAGUGCGUGUGCAUGUACUCUACAAGUACGCAUGUAAUUGCCUGUUUUUUUGUAUGUAUGUGACAAACACCUUUACACCUUUGCCUUACAGGUAUGCAACAGAAAUGGGAGCUAAAGGAGGAAGGCGUGAAAAGGAAUUUGUGUUUUACAAAGCCUUACACAGACACAUGUUCAUUAGUUUUACAGUGCCUUGCAGAACUAUUUCUUUUUUGGUUGUUUUUUUAUUAAAAACGUCAGGCGUGUUUAUUUAUUCUGCCCCUUUAUACAAGGUGAAACGUGUUGGUGGCUGCGUCAUGUUGUGGAGAGGCUUUUCUUUAACAUGGAGAGGGAAACCGGUCAGAGUUGAUGGAAAGGUGGAUGGAACUAAAUACAGGGCAAUCCUGAAGAAAAACCUGUUAGAAGCUGUAAAAUUCAUGGGGUGGGUGUUAACCUUCAAGACAAGCCACGUAAACAUACAGCCUGAGUCCAAGUGGUAAUGUUUAGUUCAAACCAUAUUCGUGGGUUAGAACGACCUAGUCAAAGUCCACACCUAAAUACCAAGAAUCUGUGGCAAGACUUGAUAAUUGGGGUUCAUAGACACUGUCCAUCCAGUCUGACUGAGCUUGAGCUACUUUAGUUGUCAAAAAGCUGGUAGAGCCCUAUGCCAAUAGACUCUGUUAUAGAAGUAGGUUGUUCUACAAAUAAUUCUCUCCGCGAUGGUGAAAAUACAUCUACUCCAGACUUUUAUGAUAUUUAUUUGUUAAACAAAGUGUAAACCAUGUAUAAUUAGUCAGUUAUUCCCUACUUUGUGUUGGUCUGUCAUAUAUAAAAGCCCAAUAAAAAACAUUAAAGUAUGUGGUUGCAUCGGAGCAAAAUAUGAAAAAGGUCAAGGGUUAUGAAUGUUUUUGCAAGGCACUGUAAAAGGUGAUGAAAAGAGAGGAAAAGUGCAGUAUUUUAGCCACCCUGCCUUAAUUCAUAGACACCAUUCUCAGUAGGUCAGUUUUAAAGACAUUUAUGAAAGUACAAGGAUUUUCACAGGGAAUAUGAUGUCUGUUACAGUGUCUGUUAUCCCCCUGUCUUCUUUGUACCCUCCUAAUUGUGCCAUCUUUUCAUUUAUCUGUCAGCGUAGCAUGUUGAAAUGUCUCUGCAUGCUGUACUAUUCUUCUGUGUCACCACUUGUUGCAGACAUAAUUAAUCAAGUCACUUUUUUCUUUUUUUAAUUUUUGAUCAGUGAUCAUUCCCUCUGCUGCCACCGUGUGGCAGCCUGAGGUAAUAGUCUGGAACUGAUGGAUGAAUGGAUGUUGCUAUCCCUUCCUGUUGCAAUGUGCUUGUGCAUUUGCUGCCAUGAUAUGUGUCAUGCAAGAGUUAACGUCAGAAUGCUAAUAUAUGGUAGCUGUGUUAUUAGGGAUCGUCUCUGUGUUGCAUUAACUCCAAUGUUUAUUUUUUCUGUAAUGCUCUAUGAAACUAUUGAUGUCAGUGUUGUAUGUAUGGAUGUAAAUGACAAAGAUUUUCCUAUAUAUAGUCUAUUGAUGGCGGAUACAGUUUGUAGGUAAUAGGUGGGAGACUUGAAUCGGCGACGUCACAAUCAAAAUCAAUGAGAAUGUUCAACUGAUUUGUCCAUCAUGUUCUGUAUCUGAAGAUUGUAGCUCAUAAUGGACGAACCACCUUUUCCACAUUUCUGAGAGCAUUUCCGAAGUCCUCUUCCAAAGUCUAUCUUGUCUGCUUACAUAGACAUUUACUGACUCUGGAAGUCUUGAAUGUGACAUUCUCAAGCAUUUUUUAUAUGUUUAUACAGUUUAUUUUCAUACACAUCACCAUCUGCCAACUUGUAUAGAUUUGAUAACAAGUGUUCAGUAUUUUUCUACUGGGGCACAGAUGAUUUAUUACAUUAAUGAAAAGUUUAGAUUCACCCUUUCAGUUGUCAACCCAAAACCUCCAAAAGAGCCACCUCGGGUCAAACCUUCAUGUUUUUGUGGUGGUGUCGUUGCGAUACUUCCACAUAUUGUGCACCAGCCCUACUACAGCAAUGCUGUAAAGGUUAUUUAUGUUUCAGUAUUUGAGUUUUCACCAUUCUUGUCAUUUUUUGUGGUGUCCCGUGUGCAUAUUUUGUUCACUAGUUUUGUAUCUCAGAGGGAAGACUAUAUUUUAACUGUUAAGGUUCGCAUUGAUGUUUGUAACCAAAGUGAGAGUAAAAUUAAAAUUAUAUGGUUUGUUAGAGUUACCUUUAGUCCUAUACACAGCACUUUAUUUUACAACAGAUCAGUUUUACCCUAAAGAAAACAACAAGGUCUGUCAAAUGGAGUUUAUAGCUCACUCUUCCUCACAACCUAUUUUUCUAAGAAGAUUGUAGUGGGUGAGAAUAGAAAAAAAAAAAAAGAAGUGACCAAAUGACUUGACUAGGAAUGAACUGUCUGUAGGUGCCAGCCUCUGUCUCAGUGGGUUUAUCACACCAGCCUUCUAUUGCAGAUCAGAAUGUCAAACUGCUUUUUCUAAGUCCAUCAGCACAACAGCAGGUGCUCAUCCGGUCACUCCUGAGAUUGGCAAAGGUCCGAAACAUCAACUGCUCUGCUCCGGGGAGCACACAUACCAUAGUACCUUUAGUAUGGCACUGUUUGUACUACUAAACAGUUUUUGACAAAUCACUUGUUUGUUUUUGUUUUUUUUGUUGUUUUUGGAUAAAAAAUUUCAAAAGUUCACCUGUUGACUUUUUGCCAGCCUGUCUGUAGCAAAUGAGGACAAAGCACUGUAUUGUCAUUCUGCUUGUAAUAAAGAAUGAAAGAUGUUUUCCUGUUGUUCAAA